GGAAUUAGCAUUUGGAAUGCCUAAACAAACAAAAUAAUUUGAUCAAAAUGGCUUUAAAAAAGAAAGGUAGCCCUCUGACUUUCCAGGGAACUAGGGCGUCGCAGGGACACGUUUCUCAGUGUUCCGUUUGUGCACUUAUGUUUAAACAUUUCCCUUCACAUAACACUUUGUUUUUCCCAUUCUGACUUUGAGAACAUUUUCGUAGACUUCUGAAUCUAUUGUGCACCCGAGGCCAUAGUAUUUAGAAUUAAAACUGAACUGGAUACAGUUAGGGGUGGGGGGCGCUAGACAUCACAUUACCUAUAUAUAUUAAAAUCUAUGAGUAAAUACAAUGACAAAUUAGCAUGUGACAUUUUGAGUGUUCUCGGAAUCUAUGUGCAUUUGUUUCAGCCAAUGUCACACAGAGAUGGUGCAUGUGUAGAUCUCCUUGUUCUUAUUCUAAAACUCAGAAGAUUGUGUUCGUCUGUAUACAUGAGUCUUUAGGUUGAUGUCAAGGGAAAUUUUUGACAAAGGAGCAUCAAUCACAAAUUUUAGAUUUCUGGGUCAUUACCAAGUGCAGUUCACAGGGUGUCCCUUCCAUCUGUGACACUGGACCCGCAUAAAUUGCUGCGCGGCUCUCACUCAUUUCCUGUGAAGCCUACUGUUUCAACACAGCCAUGCACGGAACAGGAACAGAUUUUGAUUAAGUACCUCUCAAGACUUCAGACCCCACCAACUGAGGAUGCAGCUCCUGGGAAUCUUCAUCAUCUUGGGGACUUCUUAGUGGGAGCCAAGCCCCUGCUAGGGAGUCUCGCUUGUCUGCCUUGGGAGAGUCAAGAGAGUCUCAGUUUCAACGAUUUGAGACCUCGAGUGGAUCAGGCCAUUCCUCCUACCUCAGCAGCAUACUUCACUCCAUCCACUGUGUGCUCAGAGCCAUGGUCAUCCGAGGAGCCCCAGUGAAGAUGGAACUGGCGAAGUCGGUAGGGUCCAGAGAGAGGACCACCCCUCAGCACUGAACCAAAACUAAAUAGGAGAUCAUGGCAAGUGCAGACUGGGGAUAUGAUGGCAAAAAUGGUCCUGACCAAUGGAGCAAGCUGUAUCCCAUUGCCAAUGGAAACAACCAGUCUCCUAUUGAUAUUAAAACCAGUGAGGCUAAACAUGACACCUCUCUGAAACCUAUCAGUGUCUCCUAUAAUCCUGCAACUGCCAAAGAAAUUGUUAACGUGGGACAUUCCUUCCAUGUAGUUUUUGAUGACAGUGGUAACCAAUCUGUUCUGAAAGGUGGCCCUCUCUCUGGUGACUAUCGGCUCACCCAGUUCCAUUUUCACUGGGGCAACUCAAAUGACCAUGGAUCCGAGCACACCGUGGAUGGAGUCAAAUAUUCUGGAGAGCUUCACGUAGUUCACUGGAAUGCUGCAAAGUACUCCAGUGUUGCUGAAGCAGUCUCAAAGGCUGAUGGGAUGGCAAUCAUUGGUGCUUUUUUAAAGGUUGGUCCAGCCAACCCAAACCUGCAGAAAGUACUUGAUGCCCUAAACUCAGUUAAAACUAAGGGAAAACGAGCUCCAUUCACAAAUUUUGACCCAUCCACUCUCCUUCCUUCAUCCCGGGAUUACUGGACUUAUUUUGGCUCUCUGACUCACCCUCCUCUUCAUGAAAGUGUCACCUGGUUCAUCCUUAAGGAGAGCAUCACUGUCAGCCCUGAGCAGCUGCAACAACUCCGCAGUAUCCUGUCAAGUGCAGAGGGAGAGGCGGCUGUUCCUGUUCUGAGCAACCACCGUCCCACCCAGCCCCUGAAGGGCAGAACAGUGACAGCUUCAUUUUGAGACCCAGCAAGGAGUGAGUUCAAGAUCAGGACCGGGCCCCUCUUCAGCUAUGACCUAGUAAAGUAAUCACUUUCAAGAAACAAAAUUAUUUCAGUGCUAGCAACACAGCAUAUCUGCAAGUUUAAUCCAUAGAACUAAAACCCACUUCUUUUGAUUCUUAAUGCAUAAUGCAAAUUAAUCUAUAAGCUUGCCAUUUGCCAUCUUUGAGUAUGUACCUGUGCUUAAAUCCACCUUUUUUUUGUGGAAUGCUUCAUAGUAUAAUUACAUUAAGAGAUUUGUUCCCUUGCCAAUCUCUCCAUUUUAAUUGAACCAAUAAAAUGGCUUUAUCUCUUCUUCUUG